CAAUGGCUGCAGCCGAAGCUUCCUCUCUCUACCUCUCUUUCUCCUCUCAAAACGUUCUCUCGCUCUCUCAAACCUUAAAAAAGAAGUUGCUCGUGCUCUAUUUAAACGAGCCUUUCUCUCUCUAAAAUCAUUCGUGUUCAUCACCUUUUCUCCAUAAUUAAGAAGUUUCAGCCAUGGGAUUUCCAGUUGGGUACACAGAGGUCUUCUUGCCGAAGCUUUUCGUGCACACGCUGUCCCUUCUGGGUUUCAUCAGAAACCUCAUUUUCUCGCUCUUCCACUACCUCGGCCUCUCAGAUUUCCUCGAGACGGAUACGGUGUGGCCCGAAAACCCGACCCGAAUGCCAGACACGCCGCCCGUGUCGGCCCUUCUGAUCCGGGAGAUCCUGCCGGUGAUCAAGUUCGAGGAUCUGACGGGAAUCUCUGGGGACCCGCCUGAGAGCUGCGCGGUUUGCCUGUACGAGUUCGAGGGCGGAGAGGAGAUCAGGUGGUUGAGGAACUGCCGGCACAUUUUCCACCGGGCGUGUCUAGACCGUUGGAUGGACCAUGAUCAGAAGACUUGCCCUCUCUGUAGGACCCCCUUCGUGCCUGAUGAGAUGCAGGACGAGUUUAAUCAACGGCUCUGGGCUGCUUCCGGAGUCACCGAUUUUUACAGUGAGUACAGCUCUGUUCCAGGAUUGUAGAUCAUGACUAAUUGAGUGCGAGAGUUUUUUUUUUUUUUUUUUUUUUUUUUUUUUUUUCCUUCUAAAUCUUUUCCACUUCCGCUCUCUGAAUUGUAUAUAUACAUGAAAGAUUUGGUACUUGGCCAAAAACCCAAGAAAUAAAAUAAGAAAAAGAAAAAAAAUUUUGGAGUACAGUUGAUGAAAUCUGGGUAUGGAGGAAAAGUUUGUUUCUAA